AAUUAAUAAAUGUUGUAUUCGGCUAUAUUUAGUACCACAUACAGUUGGAUACUGUGGAAAGUGGAUUUGGUGAUGAUUCACUGUCGUGUACUGCUGUCCAGAACUCGUGACUCUCAGCUCUGACAACACGGACUCAAACUCCAACAUCGAACUGUGUGAACGGAGUUCGGUCAAACUGAAUAACAAUCCUCCAUCCUCGAUUUCCACACUUUGGGAUAAAACGGAAACCCCUUAAUUACACGUGUUUUCUCUGGUCCAAGUGUCCAAAUCAUUAGGAACCCUUGAUUUGCAUAGUGUCCCAUCAGCUCAGACUCAUUCAGAAGUCCUCUCUCAGAAAGUCUCUGGCAAAUCGGAGUCUUACCGGAUUAAACGGAGGCUGAAACAAGGAGUGAGUGAGGGCGGGUCCAAACAGUGAGGGAGAACACACGGAUCCAGUCGGAUGACGUCAUCACCGUCUGUGUGGUUCAAACACCGUGACACUACAGGCUUGAUUCACUGCAGAUUCUGAAAGUUGACUGUGUUGAGGUCAAGAGGAUGGCCUCGUGUGACAGCUCCUAUGACUGACAAAUGAUUUAUCAGUGUAUCUGUAAGUGCGGACGCUGGGUCACGUGUUGGGCACAUUAUUCAUGCCUGUAAGUGCCCUUGGCUCAAUAUGAGGAUUAGACCCGUACUAUGGACUGUACUGGAGUCAUUUGGCUAAAUUCGGUGCGGCCUGCUGGUGUCUGACUGUACACUAAUUGCACGACAUUCAUAUCAGUCAGCAUGUGCGCUGAUAUGAGCCGCAGCAGCUGCACAUGUGUGCUCUUUUCAACAUAGUGUACAUGUCUGGUAGUUAGCCUCAGUUGACAAGUGCGCACAGUUCGGACACUGCGGUUCCCGCUCCUUGAAUUUCCUGCCUUUAAUCCCGUCCCUGCGUGGAGCCUGGCGCUGUGCGGUGCGUUGUUGUGUUUGGUAUUCAGUCCGCAUCUUGUAUUUAUUUAUUUCGAUAUGAAACUCUCAGUGGCUCGUUUUACCCACACGGAGGCGCUGAGUAAACUGUGGUGGUUAUAAGAGGAGCUGUGUCAUAUCGCCCGGGCCGCCGGACCUCGUCUGUCUCAUAAAACGAGGCCAAACUGUUAUUAUCUUUUGUAUUUAGACUGGGGCUCCUGCUGCUGCUCCUCCUGCUACUGCUCCUGCUCCUGCUGCUGCUGCGCCGCUGCGCAUCAGUGCGCCGCGGUGCGUCCCCUCUCUCUUUACAUGCUUUUAUUUGGAAGAGGAAAAAUAAGCGCCCAGACGUGUCUGGUUUCUGCUCGUUCUCCGGUUGGUUGAGCAAACUGUCAUAUCCACAUGGAUAUAUGCCUGUCAGGGGAGGGAGAGGGGCUGGAAAUGAGGGCGGGCGCAAGAUGGUGACGUGUGAGUGUGGAUAGAGGCGCAGUUGGAUGAGCAGUGCGCAUGCAGGCAACAGCUGAAAUGCAGAGAGAGCGCUGUGGUGUGUGUCUGCCUCUGGAUCUAAUAUCACCUACCUGUCCUUGUCACUCUGAUAGUCAGCCCAGUUAGCUGCCGCUUCAACACCGAUGCUCGCGGCACCAACUCAUGGCCUGUUUUGACGGCUUUCUAUUAGACAGAGGCUUUUUACGCAAGAGGAACUGCGCUGCUGUGCGUCUUUUGGAGACAUUCCGCACUGGAACUUUCCACUUUACCUUCCUGUACUGAAGGGAAACUGGGCUGAUCUGCGAUAACAAGCCAGCGGUGCGGUCUUGCCUUUUACUUUUACCCAUGAACUCUAUGAGGGAUCCAUUAAACUCAGACCAUCACCACCUGCCAGGGAAUAAACUCCACGCCUCCACGCAUUACACGGCUCUGGCGAUGGCCUCCAGUUUACAGCCGCUGCAGCGGUCUUCGGAUUCUAAACACCGGUUAGACGUUCACACCGUGUCCGACACGUCCAGUCCGGAGUCUGUCGAAAAAGAAAAGAUCCAAAACAAAAAUGAUGACUCCUCGGAUGACCCCUCCAAAAAGAAGCGGCAGCGGCGGCAGAGAACUCACUUCACCAGCCAGCAGCUGCAGGAACUGGAAGCUACUUUCCAGAGAAAUCGUUACCCGGAUAUGAGCACAAGGGAGGAGAUAGCUGUGUGGACCAACCUGACGGAGGCCCGGGUCAGGGUGAGUGAAGCCUCACGGGAGUCCAAGUGGAGGAAAAGGGAGAGGAACCAACAAGCCGAGCUCUGCAAGAACGGCUUCGGCCCGCAGUUCAACGGACUCAUGCAGCCCUACGAAGACAUGUACCCCAGCUACACGUACAACAAUUGGGCCGCGAAGGGUCUGACGUCGGCCUCCCUGUCCACCAAGAGCUUCCCCUUCUUCAACUCCAUGAACGUCAACCCCUUGUCCUCCCAGACCAUGUUCUCGCCCCCCAACUCCAUAUCCUCCAUGACUUCCAGUAUGGUGCCCUCGGCGGUGACGGGCGUGCCGGGCUCCAGCCUCAACAGCCUCAACAACUUGAACAACCUCAGUAACCCGUCCCUCAACUCCGGGGUGCCCACGCCGGCGUGUCCCUACGCGCCCCCCACGCCUCCUUACGUGUACAGGGACACUUGUAACUCCAGCCUGGCCAGCCUGAGACUGAAAGCCAAGCAGCACUCCAGUUUUGGAUACGCCAGUGUGCAGAACCCGGCGUCUAAUCUCAGCGCUUGCCAGUACGCCGUGGACAGACCAGUCUAAUGGCUGCAUGCACUGCAGAAAGCACCACCCGAACAAGACGUUUUUACAGCUAAAACCAGGCUGCGAAGUCAUUUUCGUCUCUCAGGAGGUGAGAAAUUCAUUGUGGGGGAGAUAUUUACAUGAAAGGAGACACUUCGUCAUCUUUUGGGCCUUUAUUUUACCAAAACUCGUCAUUUUUAUUUUAAAGUCGACAUUCCCACCUUGUUAAAUUUGAUUUUUUUUCACCCAUUUCCUCCCGAGUAUGAUAAGUGUUCAGGCCCGUCUUUUAGACUAAAUGGAUUGUUAGGGUGGUCUUGUUUUGCAGUGUGUGCGUAAUUACAAACAGACAGCCGGCCACAGCAACAAGAGACUACUACAGCUCCCUUUUUCCCCUCUCCAAUGUUCCACCAAAAAAAAGGGCACUAAAGAGACUGAACCACUGAAUCAAACUCAGCUCCAAGUCGGAGUCAAAAACUGAAAAGUUUUUAGGUUUAUCCCAGGCCUGUUUGUGAAACGACAAACACGGUCUGGUUCGUUUUUUCUCUUCUCUGGUGGAUUCUUGGACUCUCAUCGUUGACUGAAAAGGGUUGUAUAUAUAUAAAUGUUAAUAUUUGAAUCAUCAUCUCCUAUUUGUCGGGGCGAAUGCGCUUAAACCCCCAACUUCUCUUUCUCUCUCUCUCUGUCUCUGUCUCCGCAUGUGGAUUAAAAAAAACCCUGAGAAAAAAGGAAAACAACGUUUUGCUUGCGAACAGAAAAAAAGGGAAUGUACAUAAACUAAAACGCACCGGUUGUGUGUUUCUAACAUAUUAUAAAUUUAUUAUUAAUGUCUGUGUGAAUAUGGAUUUAGAAUAGCAAUUCUGGAUUUUAAAGAGAAAAAAAAGUCGCAUCAAAAAUGUUUCCUGCGCCAAAACAUUUUGAUUUUUUUUUUUUUUUUUGCCUUGUGUAUAACUAUUUGGUACGAAAUUUCGUUGUUUUUUUUUUCCCUGUUCUGUUUUCUUCAACGUCUCUCUCCAAAAAAAAAACUAUUGUGUUUUAUUUAAUGGAAGUAAAUAUAUUGUUCCAAAAUGA